CUUUUGUCCCCGGCCACGCCCCCAUCUCCUGGCGGGAAAAGGAAGGAGCUCCAUCCCCGAUGGCGUCAGACGAGCGCGAGACGCUGCUGAGGCUGCAGCAGGCGCUGGUGGAGGACGAGUUCGAGGCCUUCAAGUUCCUGCUGGGGGGGCAGCUGCCGCUGAGCCGCCUGCACCCCGCCACACGCCCCGAGCUCUGUGCCCUGCUCCUACAGCACUUCCCUGGCCGCGCACUGCUUGUGGCCGCUGCCGUCCUCCGGCAGCUUGGCCGCCACGACCUCCUCCGGCAGUAUCAGCUCCCCGAGGAGGACGAGGCCCCAGGCAGCCUUGGCGAGACUGGCGGCGGAGCUCAGGGUGCUGCAGAUGGUCGAGAUGCUGCAGGGGCUCAGAGUCCUGGAGGCGCUCUGGGUGCUGGAGGUGCUCCGGAUGCUGGAGGCGCUCCAAAUGCUGGAGGUGCCCGGGAUGCUGGAGGCCGCCCCCCCCGGGUGCUGACGGAGCAGGACCUGCUGCUGGUGGCACAGAGGCUGGGCAGCGAGUGGCAGGAGGUGGGCAUCGCCUGCCUGGGGCUGCCACAGAGCCGCCUCGAGCAGAUCGGCGAGGAGCGGCCGCAGCGCACCGUGCUGCGCGCCUUCGAGAUGCUGCGUGAGUGGCGCCGGCGGCAGCAGGGGGGGGCCACGGCCCCCCGGCUGCUGGACUGUCUGCGCGGCGCCCCCGUGGACCCCGAGGUGCUCGAGCUCCUGCAGGGCAUGUAGGGGGGGUGCAGCCGGGGGGGUCCUGGCCGUGCUCAGGCCUGUUUUAUGCUGGGACCAGCA